UCUACAAUUGGAAUGAUCGCACGAGAUCGGAUUGUGUUCAAUUUGAACUGAAGAAUAUAACUUUUGACAAACAGAAGGGAAAGAAGCGACUGAGCCUAUAUCUUGCCGUAGAUAUAUAUAUAUAUACGAUCCCAUCAUUGUCAUUCUCAUUUGCCUUCCUUGCGGAAUGCAGUCCUUCCAGUUGAUUUCCCCCCACCCGGCUAACGGCAUUGUUGCGCCAGUUGGUUGUUCUUCAGUCAUUCUCAUUCGAUCGCUUGGGGCCAGGAUGAGAUUGUGUAGAAACCCCAGUACAGCGUGCAAGACAUGGUUAAACAGCGGAUUGGCAGUCAAAGGGAACCAACCCUCCGAAGGUUUAGUUCACAGGCCGCUGCGAAGUUGCACUGGACCUUGCAGACAUGGGAAUGGCCGGCCUGGCAGAUGCGAUUUAGGGACCCGCGGGACAGGAAGCCAAAUGACUGUCCAUAGGAUUGGAGCUGCUAAUUGCGCAGAUCAUGAAACGAGGCAACAAUUGGGCGUUGUUGCUCGUCGGCUUGUUGGCUCUGUGUCGUUGCAGCAUCCUGGCCCAAUUAAUCUCAUUCAGUUCUCGUCUCCAUCCCCCGGUAGCGAUGGUUGGGUGUGGUGGAUUGCCCUCCCCUCAUUCCAUUGCAUGCUGUUCCGUUAAGUAGUAUUUCCUUUGCUUUUUUUUGUCUUUGGUGGUGAUGAUGAUGGUCUGGUUGUUUCUCCGGGAUUCUGCGCUGGCGGUGUCUGGUACUCCUACUAGGGAGUACUGAUUACUACUAAGUAGUCUACAUACUG